UCAGCGGCUUGGCGGUUAAAUUUGGCCGCCAUUUUGUUACAAUCGGAAAAAUUGUAGAAUUUGGUGUUUUUGUGUUCUGAUCAGAAGCGUCACUUCAUUCUCCCGCGUUUAUUCACUGCCACGGUUUUUUUCCGUUCUCCAAGAAUCCGAUUGAGUCAUGGCUCGUACUAAGCAAACUGCGCGUAAAUCCACUGGAGGUAAAGCUCCCAGGAAGCAACUUGCCACCAAGGCUGCGCGUAAAAGUGCACCAUCAACUGGUGGAGUGAAGAAACCCCACAGAUACAGGCCAGGUACUGUCGCUCUCCGAGAAAUCAGGAGAUACCAAAAGAGUACUGAAUUGCUGAUCCGUAAGUUGCCGUUCCAACGGUUGGUCCGUGAAAUUGCGCAAGAUUUCAAAACCGACUUGAGAUUCCAGAGCGCUGCCAUUGGUGCUCUUCAGGAGGCCAGUGAAGCAUACCUCGUUGGGUUGUUUGAAGACACUAACUUGUGCGCUAUCCAUGCCAAGCGUGUCACAAUCAUGCCAAAGGACAUCCAGCUCGCCCGCCGAAUCCGUGGAGAACGAGCUUAAAUUAGAUUAAUUUUUUUCAUCUUUCCUCAUCAUUACUCAUUUAUCAUUUACUAUGCCAUGCGCAGCUCUCUCUCUCUUGCCUAUCUUCUAAUUAUAUUCAGUGUUUGGAUGAUUGAACGUGUGGUUAGUUAAAAUUUACGGAAACCUUUUCUCCUCAGUAAUGAAUAUUAUUUAUAGAUCAUGCUAGCUUAGCAUACACUUCCCCUAUAGCUUAAAUGAAGUUAGGCCAAGAUUACAAUCUUUUAAUCUCUUAAGAUCUAUCUCUCACAAAUUUGACCAUUAGCAACGCAGUACAUUUUUAAAAACAAAAGAUCCAAUACCAAAAGAAUUUUAACACGCACAACUAAUCAUGUCAUUAAAUAUUCAUCUAUUUUAGCCUAAUUGUGUAUUGUCCGUGUUUUUUCUGUCGUUCGUUUUAAUUUAGCACUCAUUUGAACCACUAAUUGUUCUCAAAAAUUUUCAAAAUUUUAAGUCAGAUUAAGUCCUUACUUAAAGAAUCUUAAACAUUUCAAAGCUACAAAUUCUUUUUAAUAAUAUCUCUAGAAUGUGAAGGACUUAUCUAAUGUCAGCCCCAAGGAAAAACUGGUUUCCGAAUCAUUUCUUCAUAAAUUCUUUCAAUGUUUAUCAGUAUUUAUGUGUGUAUGUGUGCUUGUAAUAUUCUGAACUCUUUAUUGUAUUUAUUCCAUACUUUCUUUUAUAUCUUCUUUUUAUAAUAAUGAACCACCCCUUAAGUAAUGAAAUCUCCUCAAAGAUAAAUCCAAUUUUUACCGAUCAGAGAUUAACCUUUUCUAAAAUGUACACUGGUCCUUUAAAGUUAAUUUUCAAAAUAUUAAAAACAUUGACACAAAGCAAAGAAUGUAAUAAUUCUCUUUCAGUACAAUAUUUUGAAAAUUAGGAAUGGUGUAGCUAGCGUCUAAUUAUCAGCCAACUUUAGAAUGCAACAAAAGAUAUGCUAGCCUAACUCUUGCAUUAAAUUUUAAUGUAAAAACAAGAAUGGCAGAUCCUCUAUGCCCCUUUCUAAAGUUGGCAAACUAAUUUUGCUAGUUCUACAUUUUCCAAUUUCCAUUAAUCAAGUAUUUUGUUUUUCCCUAACUCUAAAAACCACCAUUAAGUAUACUGCUACCCUCACCAGUGGAACAUUUAUAUUUAUCAUAAAUUCUUUUUUUUCUGAUGUUAAGCUAAAAGUUUCCAAUUAAAACUUUAGUAUCACUUUGAAUUCCUCAAUUAUCAUGGUGUAAGUUUUAUUUAUUGGGUUAAUAAUUAUCUCACUCUUUUCUCUAAAAGUAAGUAGUAAAAAAAAGAACAAACAUGAAAGAAUUGUCAAUGUAUGUACUUAUUUACGGUCUCAUAAUAGAAAUUUUAUCACCAUUUUUAAA